AAAAGAGUAGUUAAAUCACUAAAUGAAUGACACAAAAUCCUCUCAUUCUGAUAUGGGUAGAAAAUGUCACCCAAAGCUAGUGGUGUUAAGCCUUGGAAUCAAGUUUAGUUAGCUCAUCUUGCCCUUUGUUUCGAAGGUAAAGCAAGAGCUAUGGUUAAAAUGGAAUAUUCUCAACUGAAAUCAGGGAUUGAAGUUGGCCAUUUUGCAUGGUGGGGACUGCAAGGAAUUUCAUGUAUAAACCAUGAGGAAGGCAUUUUUUUCUGCCUUUUGUCCUAUCCUUUUCUUUUUUAUUUGCAGAUAUUUUACGUGCAUUUUGAGAAGACGACAUAUAUUGAUUUUUUGUCCCCUUCCCUUUUAGAGCUAUAAGAAUCCCUCUUAUCUCUAAACUAACACAGACCCAAAAAGAGCUGAAGCUUAUGGGAGGAGAAGGAGGAGGAGAAGGAGAUGUUGCAGAAGAGAAAGUGAUGGACAUUAGUCUUAAGGACCUUGCAAAGAAACUGGAGGAAUUUGCCAAGGCCAGAGACUGGGAAAAGUACCAUAGUCCGAGGAAUCUUCUUCUUGCCAUGGUUGGUGAAGUAGGAGAGCUGUCAGAAAUAUUCCAAUGGAGAGGAGAGGUAGACAAGGGAUUGCCCAAUUGGGAGGAAUCAGAUAAGGAGCAUCUAGGAGAAGAGUUAUCUGAUGUGCUGCUUUACCUUAUUAGAUUGGCUGAUAUAUGUGGCAUUGAUCUUGUUGACGCUGCCACCAAGAAAAUUGUCAAGAAUUCUAUCAAAUACCCACCAAAGAUCUGCUAAAAACAUAGAAAAAGGGAAUUUUUGCGCAAUGCCAAAGAAACAUUUUGAUGGAAUCUCUGUAGAGAAUUUUUAAUAAAGUAGCCUUCUUCUUUA